AUGCCUCCCUUGACCAACAAAGUGCGUGUAAAUUUUAAUGCCAACGCUCGUUGUGAUUACCACUCUGGUGGUGUGGGGCAAGAUGUGGAGAACUGUUGGGCUCUGAAAUACAAAGUACAGGAGCUGCUGGAUUCAAAGACAGUGCAGUUCAUGUCGGUUAAUGCUCCUAAUGUCAUUCAGAAUCUGAUGCAUGUGCAUGCUACGGCUGCUAAUAUGGUUGAAGUUGUAUAUACUGGUGAGCAUUUGAAUUUGAUAACAGAGGUUGGUGAGUUAUCUACUCCCUUGUUGGCUAUCAUGGAAUAUUUGGUUGAAUACAGUGUGUAUCCUGGUUGCUCCACUUUCUGUGAGGACUGUCAGAAAAGUGAUGAGGGUUGUGGUAAGUUGAAGAGGAUUCUUGCGCCUGCUAGGCAUGUCUCUUUGGUUGUUACCCUGCCGAGUCCAAUUCCGUACUCGAGUGAAAAGGCGGUGCCUUGGCAUUAUGGUUCUGACGUCUAUUAUCAUGGUGUUAAACAAGUGUUUAUUCAUGUUCCUGCCAAGAAGGAGGAAGUUGAGAAAGAAUACGUGAAUGCGGGGGACUUCUCUAGCGCUGGCCGAAUCACUCGUAGUGGGAAAGUGUUUUCUCCACCCAAUCCCCAAGAUGUUGCAGAUGCCUUAGAGAAAGCUAAAGAGAAGCAGGUGGAUGAUGGCCCUGGACCUGUUCAGGUCAACUUACCGAAGGAUGAUGCUGGUUCGUCCAUAGCCCAAGAAGUUGAGGAGUUGUUGAAAAUUAUCAGGAAGAGUGACUACAAGCUGAACGGUCUCGGGUUUAUUGAUAGUGAUCUCUCUGUUGAGGGACGAAGCCUUAAUAAAGCCUUUCACGUCUCGAUUGAGUGUAAAGGGACUACUCUUUCUCGAGUUUUGGUCGAUACAAGGUCAUCCCUGAAUGUGCUUCCCAAGUCUUCAUUGAUGAAAAUUGAUUAUCCUGGUGUUGAGAUAUGUCCGAGUGACCUGCGCGUCAGGGCCUUUGACGACUCUCAGAGGUCAAUCUUUGGUGAAGUAGAUCUUCCGAUUAAAGUGGGGCCUCAGAUCUUUACUGUUACCUUCUUUGUAAUGGACAUACACCCAACAUAUUGCUGCUUGCUGGGUAGGCCUUGGAUUCACGGUGCUGGAGCUGUGACAUCUACUUUGCAUCAGAAAAUGAAAUACCCUAUCGGCGGUAAAAUUGUAAUAGUUUGUGGGGAAGAAGAGUAUAUUGUGAGUCACUUGUCGUAUUUCUGCUACGUGGAAGUGGAAGGUGAGAUUCAUGAAACCCCAUUUCAGGAUUUUGAGGCGGUGCAAGUGAUCAAAGCUCCUCAGUCUGAGGAGAAUAAGCUUGUUGUUCAGAUGUCUUUGUUGAAGGAUGCUAAAGUUGUAGUGGAGGCGGGUCACCCCAAAGGUUGGGGCCGUGUGUUGGAUCUCCCUCCCAAGUUUGAUAAAUUUGGCCUUGGUUUCAGACAUACUAUGGAGAGUACCACUCAUAAGCUUUCAAGUUCCUUCACACUUGUGAAGUUUGCUAGUGGUGGUAUUAUCAGAGGUGGCCAAGUGAGCGCUGCUACGGAUGAGGUGGACAUAGAUUAUAAGAUGGACCAGUGA